UUUUUGUUUAUUUUUAAGUUAACUAGUUAAAAAUGAGUGAAACGAUGAACAAUUUAAACGGAGAUCCUUCACAGCUAUCAAUAAAGCAAAAAGUCGAACUUUUUGAAAAGUCAUUGGAAAAAUAUGAAGAAUAUAAGCCAUUGACUUACUUCAACAAUUUUGCUUCUGUUCCUGUGCAUCAACAUAGGCGUGAUGCAUCAACUGACAAUAAUGUCUCGAAUGCUACAAACACAACAUCCAAUAAUACGUCAACGCCUUUUUCUACUGGAACUAAUUUUCUUGCAAAAACCAAAACAUCUGAAAAGAAGCAUGUAGCCAGUCCAUAUCUACAAAAUCACAUUCAAUACACAAAAUCAUUCCCAAAUAAGUUAUCUGGAAACAUUAAUCAGAUGAUUAAUAAUCAGAAGAGUGCAGCAUCGUAUUAUAAUUCAUUGGAAUCGAAGGUUCAAGAUUCAUCUGUUAAUAUGAAGGAAUUCCAUGAUACGAUAAAAGAUCUUGAUACGUUCUUAUCAAAUGAAUUAAAUGAGAUUGAAAUACAAAAGAGAAUUGGAAUGAAUAGUAAGGAAAAGAAGACUUUUGUACGUGCUAAUAGUCAAGAUGUUGAUAGAAGUUAUGGAGACAAAAUUUUGCAGACACUUCAUGGCUUAAAAGAAGAAAUUAAUUCCAUUAAGGAAAAUCAAAGAGACUUUGAGGACAAAAUUCGACGACAGGAAGACUAUCAGUACAUGAAAAUUGCAGCACGUCUUAAUAAAGAUCAAGAGAAGUUUGCAGCACGUUUAGAUUAUGAACAAGAAGAGAAGCUGGUUGCUGCUGCACGCUUAAAGCAAGAACAGGAAGAGAAGAAACUCGCUGCUGCACGUAUAAAGCAAAUACAAGAAGAAAAGAUUGCAGCAUAUAUGAUGGAAGAAGAAAGGAUGAGAGCAGCACGCGCCAAUCAAGAAAAGGAAACGAAUCAGCGCAUUAAUAAAACAUUAUCAAAUAAUAAUGAUGCUUUUCUUGCUAAUCAUUCGUCAAAAGAUACAUUGCAGCAGAAAGCAGGUUCAAUUGAAAGUGGCAUUUCUGGAAUUGAUAAAUAUUCAAGUUCCAAGAAAGAUUUUGACUCGCCGAUUUUAGCAUCGUCUGGAUAUUCUCGCGAAGAACGAAUCCGCAAACUGGAAGCUGAAAUAUAUAAAGAAGAAACGUUAAUGAUGAAAAUUAACCGUGUGCUUGAGAAUCUCAAAAAUGUUGAUGAUCGAAAUCUCCUCGACGUAAUUAACAUUGAACGUCAUUAUUUAGUUGCAAGCACACGAUUCCAAUCUGCUUUGUCUGAAGUUCGUAAAUUGAAUGAGAAUAUUGAACUACCACACAUGCCACCUUAUAAUCGUAAAGGAAAAUUAAUAGUUCGUGAUAUUAUGUUGGAAGUAAAAGCUUCAUAUUUUCAACGUCCAUUGCCAAUCAAAAAUGAAUAUCUAUUGAUCCUAAUGAAGUAUGAAGAUAAGGUUUUAGCAUCAAAACCAAUGCGCAUAAUUGAUGAUGUUCGUAUCAUUAAGUUUUCUGAGAAAUUCAGUAUUCCUGAAAUUUACAUGGAUUUUGAUAUGCGUCUUGAGAUUUAUGGAACUACAUUUUGGCGUAAGAAUACAACAGUUCGCGAGACAAUGCUCAAAAAAUAUGGAUUCAUUACAUUCUCAUUAGCUGACACUGGGACUAAAUCCAAGCGAUUUCAAAUGAUUGAAGUGCUGCAAAGCGACAAUGUACCAAUCCGUAAUAAAGUAACGAUGAAAAUUUCCCAAAAAAUUACGGCUGGUGUUCAGUAUAAAGGGAAUUUGUACGUGAAGUUACGAGAUAUUUGGCAUGAAGCCAUUGCUCACUUGAAUGGACAUCUAUUGGAAAUAUCAUUUAAGAAAAUUCAUAAUUCCGGUGUUACUCGAUCACAAGAAGUCAUGCUACUUGAUUUAUACAAUGUCGAUAGCGAUGCUGUCAUUCCAGUCGAUGUUCGUCGCAUUUCUGACAAGCCGUACACAUUCUUGCUCAAAUUUAAUCAUUAUAUUGACGUUGCUAAUUUCUAUUUGAUGGUCGCAGCUGAAUCUUCAGAGACCUUUUCUGAAUGGAUUACUGCACUUAAUAAGGUUUUGAUUCUCAUCAAGUAAGAACGAUAAUUAUGAAAAAAUUACAAUUUGUUUAUUUUGUUUUUCAUCACAUAUUUUGCUAUAGAAAGCAUUCAUUUUUUGUUAUUAUUAAUUAUGUAUAUCUCAUGUCAUAAGUACUGAAUAAAAAAAACGAGCAUGUUUUUUUUGGCUAAACACAA